AUGUCAGAUCCUGCGGGGUACACUGUGGGCUGGAUAUGCGCCUUGCCCGUGGAAUACGUUGCCGCACAAGAAUUCCUCGAUGAAGAGCACAAAAAACCUAGCUUUGUGUCGCCAAAUGACACUAACGACUAUACAUUAGGCAAGAUGCACGAGCACAAUGUUGUGAUCGCCGUCUUGCCGGAUGGUGAAUAUGGCACAGCUUCCGCGGCCAAUGUAGCGACGAACAUGCUGAAUACCUUUCACAACGUCAGGGUAGGCCUCAUGGUCGGCAUCGGUGGCGGCGUACCAAGCGAAAAGCAUGAUGUACGUCUGGGCGAUGUCGUGGUCAGUGCGCCUCGUGGCAAUCAGGGUGGUGUCUUCCAGUACGACUUUGGCAAGUCGAUCCAAGGGCAAAGUUUUCAACAUACGCGGUUUCUAAACCAGCCACCAACGACACUUCGCACUGCGAUGACGGGAAUACAGGCACAAUAUAAGAGAAAGGGCCAUCAGCUUACGGAGGCCAUCGACAUCAUUCUCGACACAAACGUUCGGCUGCGCAGCGAAUAUAAACGUCCAGAAUCAACCACAGAUAGGCUCUUCCAGCCCUCUGUCAACCAUGAAUUAGAUUGCGGUGCUGCAUCCUGUGCAAAUGAUGCCUCAAACUGGCUCCCGCGGCGUGAGCGGUCCGAUCAUGAAGAUAAUCCUGCAAUUCACUAUGGUCUUAUUGCAUCUGCCAACCAGUUAAUGAAGGAUGCUUUGAUUCGCGAUCGACUAGCUGCAGAAAAAGACGUUCUCUGUUUUGAAAUGGAAGCAGCGGGGCUGGUGAACACUUUCCCAUGUCUAGUCAUCAGGGGUAUCUGCGAUUACUCCGACUCACAUAAGAACAAAGAGUGGCAAGGGUAUGCAGCUAUGGUAGCAGCUGCAUACGCGAAAGACCUUCUACAGAGAAUCCCUCUCAACAGAAUUGAAGCCGAGGAGAGGAUAAGUGCUGUUGUGUCUGAGGAGCUGAAAGGCAUCCAACAUCGCUUAGAUCAAGCAUACAGUCAAAAAGAACGACACUUUAGUGAACGGAAAGCAAGAGUCUUAACAGAUCAACAGCGCCGUUGUUACCAAGUGUUCAAGGUCGUCAACUACGCGGAGCAAAAGAACAUAAACCCUAAACGAGCUGGGGGAACCUGUCGAUGGGCUCUCCAGAGCUCUGAAUACAUCCGUUGGUGGGAGAGCAACUGCAACGACCUUCUCUGGGUGUCGGCUGACCCAGGUUGCGGCAAGUCUGUCUUAGCCAGAUCAAUAAUCGAUGACUACUUAGAGAGCUCUCAUCCAUCUGUGAGAAUAUGUUACUUUUUCUUUAAAGACAAUGACGAACAGAACAAUCUUGCUACAGCACUAUGUUCGGUACUUCAUCAGCUAUUCAGCCAGCAGCCUCAUCUAUUACAACAUGCCAUUCCGGCUUGGGAAAAGAAUGGGGGGACCGUUCGACAAGAAGUUGAUGAGCUUUGGCGGAUCUUGAUGGCGGCAACAUCAGCUGACAUCUCGUGCGAGACCAUUUGCAUAUUCGAUGCACUUGAUGAAUGUCGUGAAACCGAUCAGCGCCGGUUAAUCGAAAAGCUUCAAGCGUUUCAUCGCCAGCCAUCUUCAUCAACAGAUGAAAUCUGUUUGAAAUUCCUGGUCACCAGUCGUCCCUACGAUCAUAUACAGGAUCACUUUCGAGCAAUCACCGAUUCUUUCCCACAUAUACAUAUCAAGGGGGAGGAGCAUAAUGACCAGAUCCACGAGGAGGUUGAUCUGGUGGUGAGGACUCGGGUGAGAGAACUGGCUGAAACGGUACCACUGUCACCAGAGCUUCACCAUCAAGUUGAAAAAAAGCUGCUUCAAAUGGAACACCGUACAUAUCUUUGGCUACACCUAGCCAUUGAUGACAUCCGUGCUACCUUAAAGCACAGCCUUCGGCCCGGAGCGAACUCGAUAACACUAGUACCGUCUUCUGUGAAUGCGGCAUAUGAAAAAAUACUUUGUCGAGUCCCAGUCAAUGAAAUGGAUACAGUCCAAAAGGUCUUGGAAAUCAUUGUGGCGGCACGACGUCCCCUGACAAUACAAGAGAUGGCCAUUGCGCUGGGUAUUGCCACUAUCUCAGACCCACAAACAUUAAAACAGGCUGAGCUAGAUCCAGUCCAGUUGGAAAAGAAGCUCCGACAACUUUGCGGCUUGUUUGUCUUCACAAACAAUUCGAAGAUCUAUCUCAUCCAUCAAACAGCCAGGGAAUUUCUCAUUGGCAAGAAAAAUUCUAGCUAUCCCAAUUCUGCAUACUGGAACAGCCUGACCCACGCGGAAGAUCAAAUGGCUGAGAUCUGUUUAAGAUACUUGUUGAUGGAGGAUAUAGAAUACGAUGGAGAUGAAGAUAAAUCAGGCUCCCUUAGUGGAUGUUUCUUGGAAUAUUCAGCAGCACACUGGCCCGAUCACGUAAGAAGCAUGGCUUUGACUUCAAUUCAAAAGGAAACCGACCGAGUGCAUCGAUUAUACGACAUAACGGGAAAUCUAUUCUCAAUGUGGUUUCCCAUUUAUUGGAAAGCAGUCAGACCAUACGAAGAGAUUCCUGUAAUGAGUGCACUACACCUGGCAGCAUUCAAUGGCCAUGAACAUGAGGUACAGUAUAUACUUGGUGUGGAUAAAAGUGAUGUCAAUACACCUGAUGAUACAACAACAUACCCAGUCAUGUGGGCGUCAUUAAAUGGAAACGAUAGGAUUGUGGAACUACUACUAGAGCGAGGAGCCGACGUCAACACCCAGGGUGGACGCCACGGGAAUGCCCUCCAGGCUGCUUGUGCCAGAGGACACGACAAGAUCGCACUGAUGCUGCUAGAGCGAGGAGCCGAUGUCAAUGCCCAGGGUGGAGACUACGGAAAUGCCCUCCAGGCUGCUUGUUCUAGGGGACACGACAAGAUCGCACAGAUGCUGUUAGAGCGAGGAGCCGAUGUCAAUGCCCAGGGUGGAGAUUACGGAAAUGCCCUCCAGGCUGCUUGUUCUAGGGGACACGACAAGAUCGCACAGAUGCUGCUAGAGCAGGGAGCCAAUGUCAAUGCCCAGGGUGGAGAUUACGGAAAUGCCCUCCAGGCUGCUUGUUCUAGGGGACACGACAAGAUCGCACAGAUGCUGUUAGAGCGAGGAGCCGAUGUCAACGCCCAGAGUGAAUAUUAUGGACAUGCCCUCCAGGCUGCUUGUUACGGUGGACACGACAAGAUCGCACAGAUGCUGCUAGAGCGAGGAGCCGAUGUCAACGCCCAGGGUGGUCGCUUCGGAAAUCCCCUCCAGGCUGCUUGUGCCGGAGGACACGACAAGAUCGCACUGAUGCUGCUAGAGCGAGGAUCCGAUGUUAACGCCCAGGGUGGACCUUACGGAAAUGCCCUCCAGGCUGCUUGUUCUAGAGGACACGACAAGGUCGCACAGAUGCUGCUAGAGCGAGGAGCCGAUGUCAACGCCCAGGGUGGUCGCUUCGGAAAUGCCCUCCAGGCUGCUUGUGACGGAGGACACGAUAAGAUCGCACUGAUGCUGCUAGAGCGAGGAGCCGAUGUCAACGCCCAGGGUGGAUAUUAUGGACAUGCCCUCCAGGCGGCUUGUGCCGGAGGACACGACAAGAUCGCACUGAUGCUGCUAGAGCAGGGAGCCAAUGUCAAUGCCCAGGGUGGAGAGUACGGAAAUGCUCUCCAGGCUGCUUGUGACGGAGGACACGAUAAGAUCGCACUGAUGCUGCUAGAGCGAGGAGCCGAUGUCAACGCCCAGGGUGGAUUUUAUGGACAUGCCUUCCAGGCUGCUUGUUCUAGUGGACACGACAAGGUCGCACAGAUGCUGCUAGAGCGAGGAGCCGAUGUCAACGCCCAGGGUGGAGAGUACGGAAAUGCCCUCCAGGCUGCUUGUGACGGAGGACACGACAAGAUCACCCAGAUGCUGUUAGAGCGAGGAGCCGAUGUCAACGCCCAGGGUGGAUUUUAUGGACAUGCCUUCCAGGCUGCUUGUUCUAGUGGACACGACAAGGUCGCACAGAUGCUGCUAGAGCGAGGAGCCGAUGUCAACGCCCAGGGUGGAGAGUACGGAAAUGCCCUCCAGGCGGCUUGUGCCGGAGGACACGACAAGAUCGCACUGAUGCUGCUAGAGCGAGGAGCCGAUGUCAAUGCCCAGGGUGGAGAUUACGGAAAUGCCCUCCAGGCUGCUUGUUCUAGGGGACACGAGAAGAUCGCACAGAUGCUGCUAGAGCAGGGAGCCAAUGUCAAUGCCCAGGGUGGAGAUUACGGAAAUGCCCUCCAGGCUGCUUGUUCUAGGGGACACGAGAAGAUCGCACAGAUGCUGCUAGAGCAGGGAGCCAAUGUCAAUGCCCAGGGUGGGGAGUACGGAAAUGCCCUUCAAGCAGCUCGUCGGGGAGGAUACCACCAUAUAGUGAAACUUCUCCAGAAACAUCAAUGUGCUGAUCAGUCGACCUCCCAACCUCCCCCUUCCAAAAGGCUGAAGGUUUCAUCAUGA